CCUGCUUUGUCGGGUCUGUGUGAGGUGCUGGGGGCAUGGAGGGGACAGGGCACCCCCAUCCCCUGGGAAUUCUGGGGGUGGGGCACAGAGGGAGGCGCGGCAGGGCUCCAGACCACCAGGCAGUCAGCUGCCCCCAUGCAUGGGGUCCCAGGUCCCCUGGUCUCUGCCUGAGGAGGAAUGGAUGCCAUUUGGGGUUUUCAGCUGCCCUGCCCUUCCAGACAGGCUGCUCCAUGGCGGCUGCCCCCCGAGUCCUCCCCAGAGAAGACCUGACCGGCAGCUUCGGGCAGAGCACCACCAUGAGCCGGAACCCUCCAGAAGGCUCGGCUGGCAUGGGGGGCCCAGAGGCCCCGCACCAUUACCUGUGGGCAGCCAGGGACAGGGAGGGCAGUUUCUGGGAAGCCAGUGCGUGGGACGGUCCUGCCCGAGUGUCAGGGCACAGACCACCCAUCAGCCACACUGGGGGAGCACUGUUGGGGGUCAUGCUGGGGACGUGGGGGCUGCGAGCCCUGCCCAGACCCAGCCCCGAGCACCAGUGCCCACCAGACGCCAUCAGGGGCAGCAGUCACUCCAAGUGCAGCUUUGGGGCCACAAACCACCCCUCACAGGCCUUGGCGUUUUCCAGCCUUGCUCUGCUCGUCAGCCUCAGUUUCCCUGCCUAUAAGUGGGGAUGGCGUGCCCGCCCCCUGAGCUGUGCGAGGGCAGGGGGCAGGAAGCGGGCUGGUGGGCGGUGGCAGGUACUGUUAACCCUCGGGGCCGGCCAGACUCUCCCUCUUUGUCCUCGGGGCUGGGCUCCGGCCCCUUCUGCUGCAGCAGGAAAUCCCUCUGGUCACAGGGACCUCAGUGUGGGCCAAGCAGCAGGGGGCCGGCGGGGCAGGGGGGCAGCGAUGCCCAGCAUGACCGGCCUGCUCGAGGGUCAGCUGGUCAGUGGGGUGCUGCUGCUUGAUCCUGCCCACAGGCCGUGGGCACCAGGCCAAGAGCUCAGGAAUAAAAAUGCCUUUGUGUGAGGAAGGGCCUCAAACAAAGAGCAGAGCUGGGCUCUGGGCGUGCGAGAGGGGGCGAAACGGCACCCAAGCACCCAGUAACAAGGACCGUGCUCCCAGGAGCAUCGACGGGGCCGGGACACUGGUGAGCGGAGAAGGUGCUGGUCUUUCCCCCAGGCUAAGCUGAGCAGGGCGGCGGCCCCAUGUGUGGAGAGAGGAGCCUCGGUCGGUCGUGUCCGGAGCUGGCCAGCGAGCCUUCAGACGCCGCCGGAGGCAAGAGUCAGCCGGGGCUGCCGCGCGGCCCGGACCUGCCCCUCCUAGACCUGCGUGCGCCCCGGAGAGGUGAGAACACGCGAGCGCGGCAGCCGCUCUAGCUGCCUCGUCCAGCGCAGGAGAAGGGAUGAACGAAGACCGGUCCAUCCGCGCCGCGGACUCCGAUCCAGCUAGGGGAGGGACGAACCCAGAGAGCGCGGAGGGAGAGCCACGCACCAAAGGGCCCGUCAUGUGCGGUGUCCAGAGCUGGAGCGCCGCGGACCCAGAAAGCAGCCCGGUGCGGGGGGCUGGGCGGGGAGACGGUGAAGAUAGGGUUUCUCCUGAGCUGAUGAAAAUGUUCUAGAAUUGAUUGUGGUGAUGCCUGUAUUUAUGAACUCACUAAAAACCGUUGAAUUGUAGACUUUAAAUGAGAAA